UUACGAGUACCAGUGCUUACGACCCCUCACCUGACCUCUGUGGUGGGGCCGCUUUGACCUAAUAAAGCCCCGUCGAGAUCCACGGUGGACGAAGCCUUCCUGAUCACCUACAGUACUUGCGGGGUCAAUUUCUGUCUACUCGGCAAGACAAGUGAUUAUCACUAGUUCAGUAGCCUCGGCUCGGAACUCGAGGGCCGCCUCCAGUACCCAGACGAUAUCACGAGCUCGAAACAUGCCCCCGGAUUCUCCACCCGACUAUGCAUACGCUAUCGCUUCAUCAGCAAAUAGGCCCUUAGAGGCUCCUCCUUCCUAUCAACAUUGGCAAGAAUGUACUCUUGAAGAAGAGAGCUUGCCUCCGCCGCCGGCAGCAGGCUUCCUUUACUCGUCUACAGGCAAUGCGUCCUCCGAUGAUGCCUUGCGUGCGCACGAGUUCUGUGAUACAUUUCCAUUACAGCCCCCAGAAGAGCCAUCUGCCGCUGUCUACAGAAUUGUGGAGCGAAACGACUUGAGUCCGGUCCAACCUCCAGAAUUCCACGGCAACUUACAUAUUGCUCAACGGGGUCACUGGACGGGCUUUACACGUUUCGGAAGCCGCGAUUGCCUACUAACGACCAAUCUACCUCUUUAUUUCUCUUUGGUGGACUCUCCUCGCCACACCAACAAGGCCAAACUAAUAUACUUCGAAGUCAAGUUAUUAGGCCUUGGUGGAAGGUUCAACAGUAGGUCGAUUGAAACUAGCGGCUUUUCCAUUGGUUAUGUGGCUAAGCCGUAUCCAUCAUGGAGGUCGCCCGGCUGGGAACGAGGGAGUCUCGGUGUCUUUUCUGACGACGGGUGUCGUUUUGUCAAUGAUUCCUGGGGUGGUAAAAGUUUCACAAGUGAAUUCCGCGAAGGAGAAACGGUGGGCCUAGGAAUGGCGUUUCGUCAGUCGUGUGAAAGAAGUAGGGUUGAUGUGACCGUUUUCUUCACUCGUGAUGGACAACAGGUGGGGACUUGGGAUCUUGCCGAGGAAAGAGAUGCGGAAUCUGGGGGAACCGAAGGAUUAGAAGGCGACUUCGAUCUCUACGGGGCUAUAGGGCUUUUUGGAAUGGUUGAAUUUGAUGUGCAAUUCAAUCCAGCACAUUGGCUUUGGACCCCGCAAGAAAAUAUUUGACGUACCCAUCAUGCC